UCUUACACUAGAAGCCAAAAUUAUUUUAAGUAGAAUUUUUAACCACACAAGCUAAAUUACGUGCGCAUACCUAUACUAAACAUUUUCAAAGAGCACGGACGUGCGUCAAACAUCAAAUUUUAAAAAUUUAUUUAAUUGUUCCACGAAUUUUCUAAUCAAGCCAGGAAACUUGAAAGCAUUUAAACCUAAUCACAUAUUGAAAAAAUUGUCUAAGUAUAUAGGUAUAUUUUCAGACCAUGGCUCAAAAAUUACUCCCGCCACCGUUUCAACUAUCCUGAUAAUAAAUUGAAAAAUGAAUAGACUUUGGUUUUUUUCGAUAACAACAGCUGUGGUUUUCAUAUUCACCUGUACUUUUGUGGCUUGUCGUGAUGAAAAUAAAAAGCAACUCAACUUGGAAGAUUAUUUGCAGCCUUUGGAUGUCGGACGUAACCCCAAAUACGAUAAAUUAAUCAACGACGACGAUGGGAAGCUGUGUUCGAGAAAUUGCACAAAAUACCCAGAAUCUCGUAUUUGCUAUUACCAAUUGGUGGCCGAACAGUACCAUGCAAUGGGACCAGCCUGCAAAAAUUGCCCGUUUUUUCGAGAUGAUUGCUUCAGUCCUCAAUGUGUCAUCGCCGAUGGUAUCGAGAGAACUAUUCUUGUGUUUAAUAGAUUGCUUCCAGGGCCAGAAUUCCACAUCUGUUUCGGAGAUCGAGUCAUCGUAGACUUGGAGAAUAAAAUGCCAGCUCGAGAAGUCACCAUUCACUGGCACGGACAACUGCAAAAAAAAUCUCCGUGGGAAGAUGGCGUCCCAUACGUAACCCAAUGUCCAAUACCUUCCAAUAGCAAAUUCCGUUACGAUUUCUUAGCUGAUACUUCUGGAACUCAUUUUUACCAUUCUCACGAAUCUUUGCAGUUAUUUGACGGAUUAUCGGGUCCUUUCGUCGUACACACAAGUGCAAAGACUGAUCCUGUGAGUAGUCUUUACGAUUACGAUUUAUUCUCUCAUACGAUCCAGAUACGUGAUUGGUUCCAUGAAAUAAUCGACGUCAGGUACCCUGGGUACAAUAAAAAUACGACUUAUACAGCCCUCCAACCAGUUUCGUAUUUGAUUAAUGGAAUGGGGAGUUAUUCGGAUACCGCCUCGAGACAACACACAAAUACUCCAUUGGCUGAAUUCGUCGUAAAACGUGGUAACAAAUACAGAUUUCGAAUAAUCACCGAUACAUCGACUACUUGCUCGUUGCAGUUUGCCAUCGAAGAUCACGCAAUGCUUUUGAUCGCCGCAGAUGGAUACCCUGUGAAACCACAAGUGGUCAGGAGUCUUUUCUUGAGCUCAGUUGACAUCUACGACGUGGUAGUGACUGCUGAUAAAUUUCCCAGACCUUAUUGGAUUCGAGUUCAAGGAUACGGUCCAGGAUGUUCGCCAGCUGUUCAACAAGCUAUCCUCAGAUACGAAGGAACUGGUACUUCGUUGCCACUAACUCCGAAUACUGCGGAAUUAUUCAAUGCCAUUCGAGGUCCACCUCAAUUGAACAAUGGUAGGGAGCCGUGUCAUUUCAAUGACGAUAAUCUCUGUUCCGAUGAAAUACAUUCGAUUUAUCCGGCUAAUGAAAGGUUAUUAGAAACACCCGAUGAGAGUUACAUAUUUUCUGCUGACUCUUAUGCGUAUUCGCUCGAUGAAUUAUUCGGCGAAGGGACGUAUCACAGAUUUUAUCUGCCCGAGGGUGGAAAAGAAGUGAGUCCCUUAUUAGGUGGAGUGUACGAAGACACGAUUAACAAAAUAUCAAAUAUGGUACCUCCAUUUCCACUUCUGUUCGAUGCUGAAAAUCCGGCAAUAAAUCAGAUGAAGUGUACCAAGGAAUGUAUCAACAUCAAGCAUUGCGAGUGCCUGUAUUUAAUUAAAUUAGGUUUAAACAACGUUAUCGAAAUGGUUUUCAUCGACAAGCUUUCUGUUCCUCCUAUAAUCGAAAUGAAUCAUCCGUUUCACAUUCACGGCCAUCAUUGGAGCGUUAUGAAAGUUGGAUCACAGGCUGAGUUAUUGCUUGGAGAAGCCUUCAAGGUGAACACGUCGAAUAAAUAUCCUCUAGCAAGAGACUCGGUAGCGAUACCAUCGGCGGGAUUUGUUGUUGUUAGAUUCAUUGCUGAUAAUCCAGGUUUUUGGCUCCUUCACUGUCACUUCACCGCUCAUAAUGAUAACGGUAUGCAAUUCGUUAUACAAGUAGGUGAACCCAAAGAUUUCCCCGAAUUACCCGAGGACUGGCCCAAAUGUGGAGAUUAUUUGCCCCCUGUUUACUGAAAAUUAUCGCAGAAUGUUAAUAAAGUAUCUGGGUAUAUGUUUGGAAUGAGUUUUGGAUCCUUGAAUGACCGGAGAAAUAUUUCAAUCAAUAGUUUACGGACCCCUGGAUUACAAAUUCAUUAUUUUAGUUUGAAAUUAAAAAAAAAGACUGAAAAUAUAUGUAUUGUUGUUUCAUUGUUUUA